AUGGCAAUUAAACGUGCCCCAUCCUUGUUCAUUUCCCACGGUGCGGGACCUUUUGCCAUUCUUGGAUCUCCGCAUCAGCAACCCCUUGUCGACCUCUGUAAAGAGAUACAAUGGGUGCUUGAUGGUGCUAAGGGCGUGAUCGUCGUCACAGCGCACUGGGAAACUGACCGUCCGUAUGUAUCUUCAGCCCUCAACCCGGAAUUAUAUUACGACUAUUUCGACAACCUCGCAGGUCAACUUCCUAGAGAAGCUUUUGAGAUCAAGUACCCUGGUAAAGGUGAUCCAGAACUGGCUCAGAAGAUCAAGGACAAACUUGAUCAACAUGGCUUGCAGGCUAUACUUGAUGACACUCGUGGUUGGGACCACGGAGUCUGGGUGCCGAUGAUUCUGCUUCGGCCACAAGCAGACAUCCCUAUAGUCCAAGUUUCCAUCCCAAACGGACGCGAUGAGGCAACUGAACCAGCCUUGAAACUUGGACGAGCCCUUGCAGGGCUCAGAGAUGAAGGUUAUAUUAUUCUUGGCAGCGGGUCCAGCUACCACAAUUUCAAUGCCGUAAUUGACUCUAUUAUGGGCCAGUCGAAUGGCGCGUCACCCAUUCCGAGUAAUCGGCCUUUUGAGGAUGCGAUGGAUGAAGUAGCGAAACUGCCAGACGCGAACCAAAAGGCGGCGAAGAUUCUCAAGUGGAGAGAGGAAUUUCCAGAUAGCGAGGCUGUCCAACCCGUGGGUUCCUCGGAGCAUUUUGUACCAUUCAUUGUCAACAUUGGCGCGGCUGGAAAUGAUGUUGGAAGGAAAUUGGGCGAGUGGGAUCUCUUUGGCACUAUCAUGAGUUUCUACAUGUGGUAG